AUGGACACUCCGCCGGGCUCGUGGAGCGCGCAAGCGCCCGCGCCUGAGAAGUCGAGCGAGCUGUACAUCCGCGACUAUCCGCACCGCUCCAUCGCCAUCGUCUCGUCGUCUCACGCCCUGAUCCUGCGCUACAGCUCGUCUGCCAGCGAGGCCUUUGGCAGCGGAUCGCCCGUCUCGCUGCCGUCCAGCAAGCCGCGCGGAGGCGACUCUGCAACCGCCAAGUGCAUGGUGGAGUUUUCCGCCAUAUCCAAGAAGCUGCUCAAGGACUACCGCCCGCUGACGCCGAGGCCUGUGUACGGCACCUUGGGCCUGAUUGCGAUCAAUGGAGAGGUCUUUUUGUCCGUCAUCACUCAGGCCGUCAGAGCCGCAACGGUCCGGCCCGGCGAGACGGUGGAGCGGAUUGCGAGCGUGGACUUUUACUGCCUGAGCAGCGCCAACUACGACGAUGUCGUGCCCCUGGAGCCGGGGGAUGCGGAUUCGUCGGAUGUGUUUGGAUACAACUCGUCCUCGCCUUAUGGACAAGGACUGAGUCGGCGAGAGGUGGCCAUCGAGCAUCCGUGUCAUGACUUGCGCCGGCUCCUCAGCAAUGGAUCCUUCUACUACAGCACGGAUUUCGAUCUCACCAACAGGGUACAAGACCGACCUAUUAACUCAGACUCCUUCGAGAUAGACAACUUUGACGACACCUACUUAUGGAACUCCUUCAUGAUCAGUCCGUUGGUGCAAUUCCGCUCUCGGCUGAUGGCCUCCGAGCGCGAGGCGCUGGAUGCUUCACGUAUUCUCACGUCUGCUAUUCGGGGCUUCUGUAAGACCAUGACCAUCCCGCAGAGCGCAUCGCCCCUCAAGGCAGCCAGGAGCGGCAUGCCGUCCUUCUUGACACUAGUUUCACGGCUCUCGUGCCGACGGGCAGGUACUCGCUUCAACGCGAGAGGCAUGGACGACAACGGCAAUGUUGCAAAUUUCGUCGAGACAGAGACCACAUUCUGGUCCCCCGCCGGUGUUUUGUUCUCCUACGCACAGGUCCGAGGCUCGGUGCCAGUCUUUUGGGAGCAGGUCGCGGAUCUCAUACCUGGCCGUCAAAAAAUCACAAUCACCCGACCCCUGGACGCAACGCAGCCGACGUUCAACAAGCAUUUCGAGGAUCUCGAACAGGCUUAUGGCGCCGUUCAUGUGGUGAACCUAUUGAGCGACACCAAGCCAGGCGAAGUUGAACUUGCCAGCAUGUAUCGGGAGUGUAUAAGACGCUGCCCGCUGAGGCGGCCUGGUCAAGACCAAUCAGAAGACCACGCCCUGCUGCGUGAGACGCACUAUGACUUUCACGCGGAGACAAAGGGUCCAGCUGGGUACGAGGCUGCCCGCGGCAUUCGUAGAUACAUAGAAAACUCCGCCGAUGGCUUCGCCUACUUCUUGGCCGAGAACCAUCACGAUUCUAACGAGAAGGCCGAUGAACGCAUGGUGGUUGUGCUUCAGCAAGAGGGCGUCUUCCGCACCAAUUGCUUGGAUUGUCUGGACCGCACAAACUUGAUCCAGACUCUCAUCUCCCAAAUGGCAGUUGAGGCGUUCCUGGGCCACCGAGGGGAGUUUGCAGCUUCCGACUUCUGGAUGAGGCACUCCAGCUUGUGGGCCGAUAAUGGAGAUGCGCUCUCCAAGACGUAUGCCGGAACAGGGGCCUUGAAGACGUCCUUCACCAGACACGGAAAGAUGUCUCUAGCCGGUGCCAUGGCAGACGUGCGAAAGUCCGUUCAGCGCAUCUACCACAACAAUUUUGUCGACCCAUCUCGGCAAAUCACCAUCGACAUGCUGCUGGGCCUCCUAGUUGGGCAAAGCCCCGUGCACCUGUUUGAUCCCAUCAGCGACUUUGUGUCGCUAGAGCUGGCCAGGCGAAGUGAAGAGUUUACUUCGUACAAGAAUAUCAGUAUAUGGGUCGGCACCUUCAACCUCAACGGACGCACCGAAGGCAUCGAUCACGACCUAUCGCCAUGGCUGUUCCCGCCGUCGCUCGGGUCGUCGCAGCCGGAGAUAUAUGUUGUUGCGUUUCAGGAGAUAGUGGAGCUGAGCCCGCAGCAGAUCAUGAACAGCGACCCGACGAGAAAGAGCCUCUGGGAGGCGGCGGUGAAACGAGCCCUGAACCAGCGUCAGGCUGCCCUUGGAGGAAAGAAGUACGUGCUGCUACGGAGCGGACAGCUCGUGGGAGCGGCGUUAUGCAUCUUUGUGAAGUCGUCAUCUCUUGACCACAUCAAGAACGUUGAAGGAAGUGUCAAGAAAACAGGCCUUUCUGGGAUGGCUGGAAACAAGGGAGCUGUUGCUAUUCGGUUCGACUACGCGAACACUCACCUCUGCUUUGUGACGGCGCAUCUGGCGGCGGGAUUUUCCAACUACGAUGAGCGCAAUCGCGAUUACGCUACAAUUCACGGUGGCCUGCGAUUUCAGAGGAAUCGGGGCAUCGAGGAUCAUGAUGCCAUCAUCUGGCUAGGCGACUUCAAUUACCGUAUCGGAUUGAGUUCCGAGGUUGUUCGCGCCCUGGUAAAGAAACGAGACCUGCAGACAUUGUACGAAAACGACCAGUUGAAUCUACAAAUGGUAGCCGGGCUGGCGUUUCAGUUCUAUUCUGAAGCCCGCAUCAACUUCCUGCCGACUUACAGAUUCGACAUCGGAACCGAUGUCUAUGAUACCUCUGAAAAAGCGAGGAUUCCUGCCUGGACAGACCGAGUACUGAAAAAGGGGGCUAUUCUCCGCCAGACGUCCUACGACUCGGCACCGCUGUUGUUUUCGGAUCACAGACCCGUCUACGCCACAUUUGACUGCCGGGUGAGCCUCAUUGACGAAGCUCGCCGAGACGCCAUUAGCCACGAACUAUACGAACGGCGGAAGGCGGAAGUUGGAGACAUAGCUGCCCAAGGCGAGGGCGAAGACUCGGAAGAUGAAGACCUGAUUGGGUACGACGCAAUCGAGCCCGGUCUUCCACCAGCGAGCUCAGACCGCCAAAAGUGGUGGCUUGACAAUCGACAGCCAGCUCGAGCACAGAUUCCGAUACCCACCGGGCGAGACGGCCAGCCGAUGGCGCUGAACCCGAACCGCCCUUCCAAUCCAUUUGGGCAAAGCGAAGAACCAGACUGGAUCUCCGUUUCACGAUCGUCACCAGGGGCGUCGCUCUCGAGCAUGUCCAGCUCUCCGUACGAGAAAGUGAUGCCUCCGAGGGGCAUGAUUUCGGGUGCACCUGGUGGGCCCAGGAAAGUGCCUCCGCAAUAUGACCCGACGACACUCCCUGCGCAGGUCGGACGGCUGAAGCUUGGCGACGGCGACAGCAGCACGCGGAGUGUUUAUGGAGACAGGUCUGGCGUGCCUCCGCCACCUCCGCCUCCCCGGCGUUCAGCGACCACGGCGGAAACCGCCUCGGGUGCAGGGCCAGGCAGCAAGCCGGCGAACUCAAACUCUUCGGCGGCGGCGGGAGGAGCAGACAAGGCUGGGACGCAGCCAGUGUGGAUGCAGUCUCGGCCCGCUUCGACGGCUUCUCAGACAUCGCAGCUGUCUCAGCAGCUGAAAGCCGGGAAGCCCGCACCCCCUGUGGCGAAGAAGCCAGCCCAUCUGCUUUCCACGUCCCCAGCCUCAGCGUCCUCGAUGACAGCCGCAGGUGGCCGCUAUCAAGACCACCAUGGGGGCGAUGAGUUCCAACCACGGCUGCCGGCUCGCGCAUCCACGAUGGCGGCAACGCCAGAGGAUGCGCAGUGGCAGACACAAUCCGCGGGCUUGGGCUCUGGGAAGAAGCCCGUCGCCCCUCCUAAGCCUCAGCUGAAUGUAAACAUGCGCACAAGCACAGCUACAAGCACGAAUACGAGCACAAGUGCGACGACUAGAGGGCCUCCUGUCCUGCCGCAGCGAUUGAGACAGGCAAACCACGGUCCCGUUGACUUGUUGGAUUCAUUGAACGAAGGAGGAGAGGAAGAGAUGGGAGGCUGGGAGACGUUGCAGCCAAGCACAGCAUAGGAGAAGGGAAAAAAGGAAGAGGACACAAUAGCGCAGUCAGUUGGCGAACGUGGGAUGAUGUUUGAAUUGUCGAAUGGUUUGCCUGCUGCUUGACAUGGAUGAAUACGACUCUUAGAGCACGCGUCCUACUGCCAUGCUAGAAGUUGGAUAUUGACUUGUGAAAGCGAGCUCAUGAUGUAGGUCUUUAGCAUAUAGCG